AACAAAAACACCCGAAAACACGUGCGUGCCGCGUAGAAAAGUGAAACAAACGGCGGCAAAUUUCCACGACGGCAAAGGAAAAUGAUCCCGCAAAAACCGGCAACCGAUAGCUGUCGGUUGCACAAUGUGCAGUUUUACAACUUGCUGCCCCGGACCAUCGUUUGCACAGCGAUGAACCGGCAGACGAACCGGCUGGCGCUGGCUAGGGACGAUGGCACGAUCGAGAUCUGGAAUAUGGUGCACACGCGGUUUAUGGAGAAGACGAUCCCGGGCGGUGUCGGAGUGUCCAUCGAAGGGCUGGCGUGGGCCGAAAACGAACGAUUGUUUUCGGUGAGCUUAGCCGGUACGCUGGUUGAGUGGGAUCUCCGGCCCGGCAGCCAACCGCGCGUGAAACAAUCGAUGCUGGUGACCGGCAAUGCGGCCUGGUGUAUCGACGUGAGCCGCGACGGUCGGCGACUGGCCGUGGGGACCGAGGGAGGCUACAUUAAUCUGUACGUGCUGGAGAACGACGAUCUCGCGUACGAACGUGUCCUUGACAAGCAGGAUGGCCGGGUGUUGUGCUGUCGGUUCGAUCCGAGUGGAGAUUUUCUGGUGACGGGUUCGGCCGAUGCUGUGCGCGUGUGGGAUGUGCGGAAUGGCCACGCAGUGCACAAGAUGACGACGGGUCGCACGGACCAUCGGAUUGCGACGCUGGUGUGGGAUGUAUGGGUAAUGAAGGACUUCACGGUCAUUUCCGUUGACUCACGAGGCCGCUUAAUGUUUUACGAUGGCCAGCUGGGAACGGUGCUCGAAAGCAUGCCCGUAUCCAAGGGUGAUCUGCUUUGCAUAGCGAUGGAGGAGGACGAGCGGACGCUGUACGUAGCAGGGAUCGAAUCAAACAUUAGCACGUUCCGAAGGACACAAGGAAAUCGUGGCGGUCGCCGCAAUCAAUUCAUUCGAACCGCUGUCCGGCGACCACACACUCACGACAUCAGAACGAUGGUAACGUUCGGUCGCAAUAGCCUCGUGUCGGGAGGCGUUGAUGGUAUGCUGGUCGUUACUUCGUUUCCACCGUUCCAAACGGACAAAUAUCUACCGCUGCUACCGUCACCGUCAACCGUGGUUGCAGCCGAUAGCCGGUUAGUGCUGUUAAAGUACGUGAACUACCUCGAAGUGUGGACCCUUGCGAAUCGGAUAGCCGAUGCCGAGGGGCUCGAUUGUACCGGUGCGGGUCGGAAGGUUAUGCAGAUUCGCAGCAAGGAAGAUGAGCACAUCAUUUGUGCCAGCAUUUCCCCGAACGGUCGUUGGCUGCUGUACUCUACGGAAUCCACCAUACGCCUGCUACGAUCGUCUUGUGAGAACGAGAAGUUGGAGCUGAAACGCGUUCGUCUCACCGUACCCGACCAGUCCAUCGCCUCCUGCUAUCGUGCCGAUUUUACGCACGACUCGAUGAUCCUGUUUCUGUAUCACGGCAACGGAGCAAUCGAUGUGUACGCCGCCUGCUGCAUCGCGUCACCGAGCCGAGUGGAAAACGUGGAAGAGGAAACCAAGUUCGUGCACCAGCACACCAUCGAUGGUUCGCGCUGGUUGUCCGACCAGGUGCACCUGUCGGCCGUGUCCCAGUGCAACCGGUAUCUGGUUUGUGCCGAUCUGGCCUGCUCGAUUGUCGUGUUUGAGCGGACGGUUUCGUCGACAGUCCAGCUGAUUAGUGGUAAAUGGAAACGCUCAAUUUCGUUGCCGCGCUACAUGCAUCCACCGACCGCUAUCGCUAUCCAACCGGGCAAGACCAGGCUGGCCGUUGCAUUUGCCGACCACAAGCUGUUUCUGUACGACUUUGAAGAGUUUCAGUUCAUCUUUUCCAUCUACCUGACGCUGAGGGAACCAGAUUGCGGUUCACCGAACCAUCCAAUCAGUGGCAUCGUGUUCGAUCCGCGUCACGAAGCUUCCAUGCUGUUGAAGAAUAACAGCGACAUCCUAGCGCUGCGCUUCGGUGUCGAUGCGCAGGAGUGCGAGGAGGUAUCAUUGGAGUGUUCCGCCCCAGAAAAAGUAAGAAAAACGAGUGGAGAUAAUGAUGAUGGUGGCAUGACGAACGGUAACACGGACCAGCAGGAGGCCACAGACCACCAAGCCAGGGCCAAGCAGCAAACGAAACACACAUUGAAACUGGUCCGCAAGAACAACAAUCUAGUGGGCAUCGAGUGGCUCGGGGAGAGCGAGCUGGUAGCGAUCGAAGCAAACGGUAUCUCGAUGGUCGAGCACCUGCCUGGUGCGUUCAGGAAGAAGUUCUACGGAAAAGCGUAACCAAGUGUCCUCAUUGUUUAUGUACAAUAAAGUGGAUCGUGGUCAAUACCGGU